GCUAUUUACAAAAAAAAAUCUCAAUUUACCUAUUAAAUUGGAAUUUCUGUGCCGUUUCCACAACGUUUCUAGUCAAUUGUGACUGCAGCGGCAUCUAGUGCCCUUUAUGACAGCUACCCCUUGGGCAUGUUCAGUGGCUGCUACGCAUGCCAGUGCAAACAGCUGUUUACGCAAAAUAAACAAUUGAAAAUAGCAAAAUAAAACUGAGUUGACUGAGUUGCAGAACGUGCUCGAUUAUACAAUUUUCGGCCUGGAAUGAAUACAGAAAAUAUAGUAAAGCACUAUUGGGAUUGUGCAGCGGCGCUUAAGCCCGAGACGCACACACAUAAAUUACUUAAAUCGUACUACAUGACAUUAUGCUGCAGGCGGGCGAAAGCGAGCAUAAAUUUGCCGCGGGAGAAGUUCUCCCGCCACACAAUGUGUCCACGUUGCUCCAGCAAAUGGGACGAGACAAAUUUCCAGAUGAAACUUAAACCUCAGCAAGUCGCACUUACCACCAAAGUUAAAAAACAAUUGGAAAAGUUAUACGAGGCCAACAAGAGCACGGAAAGUCGAAGAACUAUAACCAAGAAGCAGCGUAAAAGGGCUAAAUGGCUACGUAAACGUGUAUUAAGCAAUGUGGAAAUGCAAUGCGAACUGUGCCAACAUAAAACUUUACUAACAUUGCACAAACCGAGCAGAGGCGAGCGUGAGUCGAGAACGCUGGAAACCGCAGAGUUGGAGGAAAGCACUAUCGUUGAAACUGUACCUGCACCUACACCAGUUAAAACGAAAAAGAAAAAGAACAAAAGUAAGGAUAAGACAGCAGGUCUGAAACUUGACAAUGUACAAACACACGCAGCUAAAAAAGUAACACCUAACAAGGAUGUCAAUCAAAGGAGGAGCAACCAAAAGACAGCAGCUGUAAUAGUUAAACCACAAGCAAAUAAUAAAAGUGUCAGCAAAACAGCAGCUGCUCCAAAGCAGCAAACCAAACACGCCGCCAAUCUAACGCAGCCACUCAAAGCGAAAAAGAAGAAACAGCAUACCAAAGUGGUUGCUGCACCUGUAGCACAGAAUGUAAAAUCAAAAACGCAAAAACAAAAUUCAUUGCUGCAAUUGGCAGCUCUACUCAAGGCGCAGACGACCAGUAAAGCUGGUGCGAAUGUGGCGCAAAAGAAAUUGGAAUCGCUACUAAAAUAGCAACAUCAAAUGGAUUUUCGAUGGAAAUAAAAUAAUAAAAUAUGUGAGAUAAUAAAACAUUAAGUGAAAAAACGAAAUCAUAAUACAAGUUUGCACAAAUCAACAAUUGCGUAAAAUUCAACAACAAAAUUUUAUAGAAAAAAAAGAAACAUAAAAGAGCAAAAUAAGUAAGAGCGAAUUAAUCGUAGACACUCCUCACCCCCUACAGUGCGCGAUUGCAAUCUAUGGCUCUACAAUAAAGUGAAAAGUGUACUA